CAGUAAGCUAGUUACAUAACAGCUGAGAGCUUGCGUUAAUCACACUUCAAACAGAGAACACCUAGAAACACGCAAAAAAUAGGAACACCAACAGUAGGUUUGCCUUAAACAAGAAAUGCCCUCAGCAAAGGAAAAGAUAUUGCGGAAGGAACGAAUCCUUCAGUUUAUCCGAGAAAACCGAGAGCGGCCCAUCAACUCGAAUUCAGUUCUUCCAUCAGCUUCGCCAAGAAAGGAGGAAACUUUGCGGCAGAAGAAACGUGUCACAUUUACACAUGGCAAACAGCAGCGAAGCUUUGGAGAGUCUUCAAAGGCCAGAGAUAAUGACAAGGUUAUUGGACAGGGGCUAACAUCGUGUUUAAUAACAAAGCCAUCGGAUACCAGAUUAACAAGCGGUGCCAACAAUCCAUCCGAAAAUAGUGUAGAAAUUCCUCGAGCAGACAGCAAAUGCCAGUUAAGUUCGUCAUGCAGGAGGUCCUCAGACUCCCGAUUAAUGGCCGGCGCAAACAAUCCAGCGGUGCGCAAUGCUGGCCGAUUGCCUCGAACCGACAGCGAAUGUCAAUUCAAGGAGCCAGGUAUUUUCUUUCUGCAAAAUGUACAUUCGGAUCUGGCGACUCAAGAAGUCAAGCUAAACUCAAAGCCCUUAAGAAAGGAAUUGAAAAACAAGUGCGAUUUCUUUCCAAAGUACGUGGACAAUCGACCUUUCAACGAUGUGGCCACACAAACUCUUUAUAGGGAAUCUUCUGCGCAGACCUUGGCAUUUUUACCAGAGGUACAGAACCGAGAAAGAAAUGAAACCGUCGAGCUGUUCUCUCUGGCCAAAUUGCUGCCCGGCGACAAGCCACCAGGACUGCAUGAAGUCGAGCUUCUGGAGCGUUCCCGCAGGCGAUGGGACUUUAAGAAGGCACUGAAGGCGAACUUGCAGAGACUACUGAACGAGGCCAGGCAAGUGUCCAUGCAAACGGAGUACACCGAGAUAUUGGAGGCCUUCGAGUGGGAGCACUGGAUCCAGCGGGAGGAGGACAUACAGGAGUGCCAGAUGAUGCGACUCGAGAUUGUGAUCAAGAUGUUCGACAAGAGGGAGAAGGAAAUGCGUGCCGCCUCGAAGAGUCGAAUAGAGAAGUCCUUUGAGGGCAUCCAGAAGCGUCGCCUGGCGGAUCUGCACAAGAACGAGGUCGAGUACCAGCGGGGCAUGCGUCGCAUCGGUAUCCAGUUGGCCAAAACCUCCCGCAAGUGGGAAAAACAAAGCCCCAUGCAGGCCCUCGGAUCGCCCUGUUCCGAGUUCUACGGACCCCUGACACGACAUGGUGUCGAUCCGGCCCGAAGGAGUUUUGAAUCCUCUACCGGACGCAAGGCAUUCGACAUGAGGAUCGAUGAUCUGGAGAAGCGGGUCAAUAUGCGAAAUGUUCAGUGUCCGUUUAGCAAACUGAAAGAAUGGUCCAAGCCCAAGGAGUACGACCGGGAGUACGAGCGGAACUUCUGCAACGAUGACAAUCUACAGCGACUGUACGAGUCACUCAAAACCCUGAGAACCCAGGCUGACAUGGCCAAAGAUUCGCCCAAUUGUCUGAAAACACGUCUACGUAUAGAGCACCGAACACCAAGUACGGAUUCGAGCGACUCCUAUCCUUCCUACAAUAUGUUAGCUAGAAAGACACGGAUGACCGAAUAUUCGAGAGCGACCAGCAAAGUCAAGCCAAAGGUAGCUGCCAAGGUCGCACCAAAGGCAGAUAGGCAAAGGGAUUCGCUCAGAGGUCGACAGGAGUUGGAGAACCUGAUAUGCUCAUACGAAGGCAGCUACAUUGGCUCGAUCAUGCAGUUCCUCUCCAACGAAAUGCAACGAUUGAAGGAGCAACGCAAGCUGCACUUCUUCAGCAUUUUGGCCCAAAAGGAACGCUGGCGACGUGAAGCUGCCGAGGCGGGAUUGCGGCAGAAGGAGAACGCCAUGAGGUUGAUGUACGAGGAGAUGUUUCAGUUUUGCAAUGUGGUUCACGGUGAAACGGCACAGAAAUAUGCCGACAACAUAUUGACCACCGACAUUGACCACAUGAUGGAGGACGAGGCUGCCGAGACUGUGGCCGAGAUGGCCAAGCAAAUCGAUGCGGACAUAGAGCGAUGGCUAGAGUCCUUCAAGCUCAUUCAGAAUCCGCUCACAUUCACUCCACUACGAUUAAUGCUGCAGGACAUGGUCUGUCCGGAUCUAAAUGCUGUGCUCCAGCGCUAUGAGACAUCUAUGAUUGCCCAGUACAUAGUGGAAGAUGUGAUCUUUGACAAAGUUUGGCAGGAACUGGAACCGUAUGACAUAUCUAGCACACUGACUAGCGAUCUAAUCGAUCGCCUCAUCGACAACGAUCUGUAUCUGUUCUCCUCCUCGGAGAGCGAAAGCGAGGGUCCGCAGAAAGUGUCCUGGUACGAGGCCCAUGCCGUAGUGAGGAAACUCAUUCGCCAGGCGGUUCCGGGCAGACGUUGGAAAGAGGAAAACGAACGGAUUGCCACCGAAGUCUACAACAGCCUGUUCGACGAUGUCUUCGACGAAAUCCUAUUCAAGUUCGAGAAUCCCUCAGUUAAUCUUCUCGAACUCUGCUCAAGCAAGUCAUUUGCUUACUUUCAGCAUGAGAUUCCAAGAAGACAGAAGUUGGAAUUGAAAGUCUCUCGUUCAGAUUCGAUGCAAGAUACAAAACUUUUAAGAACUCAAUUUCUGUCUCUAGUUAAAAAGUUCAAAUAUGAUAAUAUUACCGCGGAACUAGAGACCGAUGAGAAAUUUAAACUUAUUAAUGAUUCUAGUUUACUUGACUUUAUAAAAAGCGAGGAGCUUCAGCAAACGAAAGUCUUGAGUACUCAACAUACUAGGAUUCCAUCUCCUGAAUUAUUUAACAUCAAAAGCACUGUCGAUCUUUCCGAGCAUUUAGAAAAUCUAAGGGAACUGCGUGGUUCCUCGUCAAUCCAGAAUAACCCCAUGCUUGAACAACCGAGUUCUGUUGAGGAUAUCGAAGGUGAAAUCAAAAGUAGCUCUAAUGACGAAGAUUUAGAAAAAGAAUUAGAAAAAGCUGAAGAAGAAAAAAAAGAGGAGUUUUAUCAGGAAGAAGGUAGCGCAACAACAACCAAUAACGAUGAAUUUGAGGAAGAGCACUCCGAAGUGGGUGAAGAGGUAGUUGUUUAUUACCCCAAAGAUUCGCAGCUCUUCAAGUUCAGAUAAUUUUGGAAAAUUCAUGGUUUUCACCUCUUGGGUAACGGCACUUUUCGUUACUUUCAUACGCGUAUAUUUAUGGAAUUUAUAUUUGAAUGAAGAAAUAUUUAUAGCCAAAAUUAACGGACUGUACUUGGAAUACCGGCUUUUGUUAUUGGCAUUAACAAUUACUGAUAGUUUAGCUUGAA